AUGCCACAUCUGCACCAUCAGCAUCGCCUCCUGCUCCAGUCCGAAAUCUCCAAGCAUCGGCUACGUGAACGCUUUCAAGUUGUUGUGAUGAACGAUUACGACAACGCAGAUCAGUGGUAUCUGGAAUAUGACGAGGCACCGGAGCUAUCGCCAGAUGGAUCAUCUGAAACGCCACAAGAAUCAGCUCCAAUACCACGCAGUUCAUUACGUCGUUCACGAAAGCUUAUUCACGCGCCAACUUAUUAUUAUCCAACUAGCUAUCCGGAUGCACCGAAUUAUCCGAUAAAACUGUGCGGCGCUAAUCACAACAGUCAUCAACACCACCAUGAAAAC